GAACUGCCUUCUUCGUGUUUCCAAACAUAACCAAAAGAGUACACCCCGCACAUCCCCACUUUUUUUUAGCCUUGGCUUUUUGCCGCCCAAGAUCACAAAAAAAAUUAGUCUCUCGGGCAUAUUAUAUUAGCAAUAGAAUCAUAGAAACCCUAAUCUGAAAGAGACUCCGAUCAGAUAACAGAAUGAAUCUCAAUGAAGAUUUGGUCAACGAAGUAAAAGCCCGCCUAGCUCUCACAAAGGUUUUCUGCUCUGAAAUGUCACCACCCAAGGCAGUUGAAGAUAAAGAUUUUAAGGAAAUUGUACAAAUGCUUGACCCUCAGCUUCACGUUAGUUUUGAUUUUGUUAGGCUUUGGUGCCUCAAAUUUUUUAAGGAACAGAGAGAGAAAAUUAGAGGGACUUUAAGGAAUUUGGAUGGGCAGAUCAGCCUCUCUGUAGACAUACUGAGUUCUGCAAAACCUGGCAAGAGUGGUUCUGAUUAUUUGUGCCUAACAGCUUAUUUCAUUGAUGAUAAUUGGGAGAUGCAAAAGUGGAUUAUUAAUUUCACUUGUGUUGGGCAUCAAUCACAAGCUGCUCUGCAUGAAGUCAUUCUAAAUUCCUUGAAAGAGUGGGGCAUUGAGAAAAAGAUAUCCACAAUCACUAUGUCAAAUAGCAGUAUUUAUGAUGAAACUAUUGAGAUUGUUAAGGAUCACAUUCGCAGAAAGAAGGAGCUCCCACUUAAUGGUCGACUAUUUCGAGUGUGUUGCUGCAGUGACAUUGUCAGUCUCAUGGUGCAAGAUGCAAAUAAGGAGAUAAGUAAAAUUGUUGACAAGAUUGGCAGUAUGUAUUCAUUUAAGGAACCGGAGCCUUCAUGGUAUAACAAAAACAACCAGAUAAAAGAGGCUUCACUACUACAUUCUCGAGGUACAUUUUCUUACGGAUAUAGGGAUUCCAGGACUGAUAAACCGUCGGCCAAGGAAUUGAGGAAAGUCCGUAAUAUCAAUAGAUAUAUAGACGACAUAUAUGGCAUAGUGUUUCCAUUAUUUGGAAUGGGGUAUUCAACUGCUAGCAUCUAUCUCCAUCAUCUUCAAGAGCUUCGGGCGUACUUCAUUCGAUGGUCCAGGUCAAAUAAUGUUUUAACUAAUGUGAGUAAGAAGUUGCUUCAGUCGCUUAGCAAGUAUAUGAACAAUAUGUACUUGGUACUGGCAAUUGCUUCAGUGAUGGAUCCUCGCUUCAAGAUGAAAUACAUAGAAUUUUCUUCUUUGAAAUUUAAGGGCGAUUAUAGCUACUCAAAGGUUUUGAAGGCCAUGCACAAACUUUACAAUGAUUAUGUGAAAAUUGAGAAUGAUUCAAAUGGCACUCUGAGUUUAUUGCAAGAGUACAAAUUGUUCCUCCGAUCUUCUAGUUCUAGGCAGGUCAAGUCAGAAUUGGAUUUGUAUUUGGAGGAACCUAUCAUAGGGUGGAGCCAGGAUUUCAAUGCAUUGACUUGGUGGAAAGCUGCAAGCUCCAAGUAUCCUACGCUCUCCAGGAUUGCUCGUGAUGUUUUGGUGAUACCAAUAUCUGUUGCUACUUCUGACAAAGCUUUUUAUACCCAAAAAAGAGAAGCUGAUGAAGGCAUGAUUUCCUUGGGGCCGGACUUGAUGGCUGCCGUGAUGUUUUUUCGAAGCUGGUUUGUGAAGCACAAGGUUUUAGGGGACCAAAAUUUGCACAAAAAUGAGAAUGAUACGAAAUCAGUGGUGACAAAGCUUGUUAUACCCAAAAAAGAAGAAGCACAAUUUCCUUGGGGCCAGACUUGAUGAGUGCAGUGAUGUUUUUUCGAAGCCGGUUUGCGAAUCACAAAGACGUUUUAGGGAACCAAAAUUCUUCGCCCAUAGGGAGCGAAAAUGUUUCUCACUGAUGAGUAAUUUAGUGAUGGUCCCUUCCUUGUUUGUUAGGCUACAUAUACUAUCAUGAGCCGUUUUGGUUCUGUUUUUGCUGUGUUUUUUGUUUUCAUUUUCUAGAAAUUAACUUUUUUGACUA